AACCCGCACCCUCUCGGUUCUCCCACUAAGGAUAAACCACAUCCAGUUGCGCAAGUCCUUUCCGUUCCAUCUCCGGCAAGCACCAGAGAUGCAAGAGUAGGCCUCCGGAACGCGUCUCCGUCGUGCGCUUCAUCUGCUCGGGUGAGGACGGGCGAUUACGUUUUUGGGGAGUGUCGUUGGCGACACGACUACUCGCUGGUGAUUCUACGGCGGCGACUACACGGCAACCCUCUCUGCACUGCACCGAACGGGACGAUUACAACGACAAAGCACCACCAUGGCCUUUCCCGGUGCGAGCGGUUCUCCGCAGGGCCAUUUUCAUCUGUUGGCUUUGCGGGUAUGCUAAAGCCUACGCCGUUUGAGGGCACUCACUACAAGAGGUGGCGUGAGAAAGCCCUUCUGUGGUUAUCAGCCAUGCGCUGUGGUCAUGUGCUCUAGAAGCAGCCUCCCGGUGUGAGAUCCGAGCAGGAUGAGGAGGCCUGGGGACAUGCUGAGACCAUGUGCAAGGUUGCACUGUUGAGCAUCAUCCAUGAUUCGCUGGUUGAUGCCUACAUACCACUCCUGUCGGGCAGAGCUGUGUGGGAGGCUCUUGAGGCCCGGUACGGUCUUUCUGACGCUGGUUCUGAGCUGUAUAUCAUGGAGCAGCUCCAUGACUACAAGAUGGUUGAUAUCCGUUCUGUAGUCGAACAGGCUCAUGAGGUACAGGGACUGGUGAAAGAAUUAGAGCUGUACGGAUGUCCUCUCCCUGAUAGGUUUGUGGCAGGCUGCAUUAUUGCUAAGCUGCCACAUUGCUGGACUGAUUUUGCUACUACCUUGAAGCACAAGAGGCAGCAGUUUAGUAUUGCUGAACUUAUUGGCAGUCUUAAUGUCGAGGACAAGUCUAGAGCAAAGGAUGUCAAGGGGAAGGGCAAGGGCGAGAAUGGUGAGGCGACUACUAGUGCACAUGUGGUGCAAAAGUUUCAUCCUAAACCACAGAAGAAGAAGCCCCAGCAGGAGCUUAAGUAGAAACCCACUACUUCCUUCAAGAAAGGUAAUAACAAGAAGAUGGGAUUUGACAAGGCGAAAAUGACUUGCUUCACCUGUGGGAACAAUGGGCACUUCUCCAGAGAGUGUCCUAAGGCUAAAUGGAAGCCCUCACCAAAGGCGAAGACAGCUAUCACCAUUGAGACUGAUGCA